CCGCACAGAUCGCGCCCCGCGCCCCGCCCCGCGCCGCUUCCGGGAGGGUCCCCCGGCCACCGGCCGGCCCCUUGCCCCCAAGCCCACGGAGCCCGGAGCGUCGCCCGGGGCGCAGCCCUGCCCCGAGGCCCGACCCCUUCCUGUCCGAGGACCGGGUCGCCGCCCCACUCCGGGCGCCGGGAUCCCGCCUGGCAGAGGCCGCGCGGGGGGCGAGCGCCCCCGGGCCCAGAGCACGGUCAGCCGGGAGGGUCUCGCCGUGCGUCCGGGCCCCCGCAGGCGCAGGCACUGGCCCUGCAGCCCUGCUGGGGAGCCGUCCUUACUGUACUGUCAAGUCUCACCUUCUGGCAGGCCGGGCCAGAUUUCCAGCCCACGCCCACCUCAGGCUGGCCCUCCCGAGAAGACCCUCCUUCUGGGCCUUGUGUCCUGCCCUCACCUCCCUGACCUCGGGGGAAGCCCGGCCUGGGAGGGAGAGCGGGAGCUGCAAGGCGCUGCGGUGAACCCGGGGCCAGGCGCGGCCAGGGGAGGAGCGCUAGUGAGGCCCUGGCCUCCUGGAGGUUGGUGUGGAGACUGAGAAGAGGCCCAGGUGCCCUCCUCCACAGUUCAGCUGCUGGCACCACGUGGCUUUGGGGCGCAUGGCUGGGUGUCCCCACAGCCACUCUCUAGACAUGGUUCCGGGGCUCUCGGGGGGCAGGGGGGCAGCUUCACAAAGCAGGAGCUCCUGGCUUCAGCUCACAGGCUCUCCAAGGACAGUUCAGGGGAGUUUUCCAGAAUGACUCAUCUCAUGUAGAUGCCUGUCUUAAAGCCACAAGCUGUUGCUGGAGACGCCCUCUGAGUUUUUAACCUCAUUCUUGUGCUAGGUGACCUGACAGUUCAGAAAAGUGCUCACUAGGAGUCUCAGCUCUCGACAGUCAUUUAAGAGCAGCGAACGUGGUCAAGGUGAUGAGGCGAGAGCAGCGUUUGUGCUUCCGGCCACUCUGGUACCUAGAGUAGAAACCGCUGCAGCUUGGGUUCAUCCCUGGGCCCGUUUUUCAGACAGCAUUGCUGUUUAAAAAGUUAGUAUUCUCCAUUUAGACUCUUCACAGCCCAAGGCCCACAAGGACGUCUCGUAAUCUCUGUCAUUUUGCCAAGGCAGCUUGAGUAAUGACCACAGCAGGGUGGGCACAGGCCAGUGAAAGAGCCCUCCACCUCCCCACUGUUGGUCCCCACUGCCCUUGGGAGGGAGUCUCUCUGGAAGGUGGUGCUGGGGGAGAGGUCGCACGCUGUCACGGGUGCUAGAAUCAGAGAACUGGUAAAUAGCUUCACGGGCUCCCUGCCGUCACCAUCCUACAGGGUCAGACCCAGGGCCCAGGAGAGCUGGGACUCAGUUGUGGUUAAUGGUAUUUGGCCUCAGGUCAAAAGUCUGUUUAAAAAGUGGGCACAAGAUGCGGUGGAGUAUACGGGGGGAUGAAGACCCAAUCCCUGAACAGUUCUGCAAACAUCACACUGAACCUGGACUUGAAGAGAAUUGCAGGAGUGGCUGUUUCGCAUCAAGGUCACACCUGCCCACGACGUCUCCCUGAAUCUGGAUUCAUACUAGUUGAUCUUUUCCCCCAGCAGAGAAGCCUUGAGUCUUUAUCUGAUUGGUACCUCCUGACAACUCCCAGAGAUAAAUAAAACCUCUGUUCCUUUGCCAGAGAAGAUGGACAGAGGGACGGGGAAAGGACACUCAUGCGAGCUCCUGCGAGCUCGGUGCAGGUGGCUGGGAAGCAUUUUCUCAUGAAGCUUCGCGGCCGUCCUCCCUCUGCAGCUGAGGACGCUGAGGCCCAGGAGGCGUGAGUGACUUGCCCGGGGACCCGAGGCCAGCUGGACCCCCACCAGGCCCGCUGCUUCUCCGGGGCCUGACCCAGGGCUCUGUCCCCGCGGGCCCUCUCCUCCAGGAUGUGAAGCCGGCAGAGGAGCAAAGUGCCGCCUCUCUGCACGUCCCGUCGGCUAGGAUGUUUCUCAUGAACGCCCCUCCUGUGCUCGCUCUGCCGUCCAAAUGGGAGGCCUUCGGCCCACCCGGGAGCUGUAGGUUUCCCAGAUGCUUCUCGGAGCCGACAGAGGGCGUCUCGAGAGCGGCGGUGAGCGCCAAGGUGCACAUGGUCAUCAGCACGCUUCAGGGGGACAGGGCCGCCCUGGGCAUGAGCGGCGAGCAUGCCCGGCAGAGAAGCCAGCGGGCGGAGAGGGGCCGCGGAGCCGGGCCGGCCGCCAGCCCCGCCUUCGCUUCCUGUGGUCUUGCUGCUGGUUUUGACCCCAAGGGGGAGGAGAAGGCCGCAGACCUUGGCCCCCCGGUGCCGGACUCGGACAGUGACGACUCUGUGGACCGUGACAUCGAGGAAGCCAUCCAGGAGUACCUGAAGGCUAAGAGCGGAGCCGCCCCACCGCCCACGGCUGUGGCCAGUCGAUGCAAACCAGAGCCGCCUCCAAGUGGCGCCCCAGCCGCCCCGUGUCCCCCAGACCUUGCAGCUGGCCCCGACCGUGUCCCCUGCAGCCUCGGGGGAGCUGGCGAGGACCAGGGCUCCACCUCCCCACUCAGCAUAAGCAGCGAGGACUCCUUCGAACAGAGCAUCCGGGCGGAGAUCGAACAGUUCCUGAGUGAGAAGAGGCAGCACGAAACCCAAAAGUGUGAUGUUCCUGCCAGCCAGAAGCCAGACCCCGACGACAGCCUGGCCACGUCGGCGUGUAGAUCUGGCAAAGAGCCGACGGCCAAGGCGCACCAGCAGGACCUAGCGGGCCCCUGUAAGGAGUUCGUCUUCCGGAAACCUCCCAGGUCCACAAAGGCCAGUGUGCUGUCCAGAGGCCCCAGGUCCAAGGUCACCACCGAUCCUGCCACCGGCCGCCCCGCAGAGACAGCCCCGAGCAAAGGUGGAGUGAGGAGGGGCGCUGGCCCGGGGAGGAGGGGACGUCGAGUCAGGAGCGCGGCCCCGGUGCAUGAGGUGGCUGACUCGAGCAGUGACGAUGGCAUCGAGGAGGCCAUCCAGCGGUACCAGCUGGAGAAGAGGAAGGAGGCCAGCGGGGACCCGCCGCCGAGGACCCUGCCCACGGAAGAGAAGGGGCUCGGGCCCCCCGCACAUGCACACGGCCCAGGCCCCUGCACACGGAGCGCCUGGCCUGAAGCCCACGGGAAAACCCCGGGCAAGAAGAAAUCGGUGGCCACAAAGGCUGCGGACCUCAGCCCGGGUGGCCUGGACCCCGACCACCCCCCCAGGCCUCCCCGGGAAACCGUGGCUGCCACACCUCCAGGAGGCACAGCCACCAAAAGCGCAUCUGUGGACGGGUCCCCCUGCCGCGCAGACACAUCCGCAGAGCUGAUGUGCGCCGAAGCCAUCCUGGACAUUUCCAAGACGAUCCUGCCGGCCCCCCUGGAGGGCAGCGACAGACCCCCACCCGCCAGCCCACUCCUCUGUCCCCCCGAGGUACCUUCCCGCUCCGAAGAUGACAGCAGCUCCGUGGACAGUGACGACAGCAUCGAGCAGGAGAUCCGGACGUUCUUGGCUCUGAAGGCACAGGCAGGGGGCUUGCUGCCCAGGAUGGAGACCUGCCUGCGGCCGGCACACAGCGCACUGCCGCCGCCCAGCCUCGGCGCCCCGGCCUCCAAAACGCCAGACCUGUCGCUGGGCUGCAAGAGGAAACGCGGAGGCAGCGGCCACGCGGUGCGGCCCUGCACGCCCAAGAGGACCAGAGAGACGGCCGAGGCACAGGAGGGUGCCCAGGAUGCCGACCGCAGCCAGGGGAGAGCACAGCCCAGCCAGGGGAAAGCCAGCGAGGCCCCCGGAAGGGAGGGCGAGACGCGGGGCCAGCCUCACCCCUGCAGGACGGGCAUGCCAGGUGCUGAGCACGGAGCCCCAGACAUGUGGGGUGCCGUGUCGCCAGGCUCCGGGAAGACGGCCGAGGUGAGGCGCGUGGACGAGAAGGAGAGCUCCGAGGACAAGAGCAGCUCACUGGACAGUGACGAGGACCUGGACACGGCCAUCAAGGACCUGCUGCGGUCCAAGCGGAGACUCCGGAAGAGGUGUAAGGACCCUAGAGCCGGCUGCAAGAAGAGGGUCAGGUUCAGCACCACAGAGACGCAGUUCCUGGAUAAACUAGGGGGCCUCCAGAAAGACUGGAAAGACCGGAGCCCACACCUAUUAAAAAGCUGCCUCUCAAAGUCCAAAAAAGACAGCAGGGAGAGCCCGGGGAGACCCUCGCACGUCCUCUGCCGAGAUGCGGUGAGAGCAAAACCAGACGGCCUGGUGGCCGAGGAUGUGCCCCCAGCUCCCCGGUCCAGGGGCAGAGCUGCAGGAGGCAGCCUGUUCUCUGGUGAACUGGAAGCCCGUGAACUUCACGGUCCGGCCCCAAGCCCCAGUUCCCUGUCUGAUGACAGCAGUUCCAUAGACAGUGAUGACAGCAUCGAACUGGAGAUUAGGAAGUUUCUGGCCGAAAAGGCCAAGGAGUCCGUGAGCGGGUCCGAAAUUCAAGGAGGGUGCCCCACCGCUCUCAGGACGGGGAGCGCGGCCAGGCCAGAGCUGCCGUGCCGGAAAGUGCCAGCUUCCGGCCUGGCCCUUCAGGCCAGCAUGUGCACGCGGAGCCAGAGGGGCAGGGGGCCCUCGCAGCCGGCCGAGGGGCCGAGGGGCCUGGGGAGAGCCUCCGCUCCGGCCGGGAGGAGCAGCCCCCACGCUGAGCAGGCCUGCCUCCCCGCAGCCCUGGCGCCGCCCAGGAGCACCAGCCGCACGGCAUCUGCCAAAGGGCCGCCAGCCAGCAGGAGGAGCGUCUGUGCUCCCAGAGACGGGAGCCCCAGGGGGGCCGAGGCCACCGCGGGGGAAAGCGCGUUUGGUCAGCUCCCUGAGGCCGGCACCGGCCGGAGCGCGCUGGCCCGGACCCCGGGCACCGAGCGGGAUGGGGGGCCCCGGGCCGGCCUUGCCUUGCCCUGGGCCGACUUUGCCCCCCAGAGCCGGCUGCAGAGCACCUGGGCGCUGAGCUCGGAUAGCAGGGACGUGGCAGCAUGGAGAGGUGGCCUCGGGGGCCAGAGAGAGAAGGGGCCGGAGGGCCAGGUCCGGGGCUCGCCCAGCCUCGCCAUGGACCCCCGGCGAGGCCUGCCCUUCGCUGGCUUCUCGCCACUGCUCUCCACGCAGCUGUUUCACUUCGGGAAGAGCGUCUCCUGGGGAGGCAAGCAGACCAGCCUGUUCAGUCCCCCGCUGAGUCUGCCUCUGCAGGGCCCGUCCUUCUCGGCCUUCCGAGAGGCGCCGGUCAGCCACGGCCCGGUGUUCGGAAGCUCACACUUGCUGGUGAAGCAGGAGGGUGGCCGCUGGCCACACAGGAGGUCCCGGGCAGGGCUCAGUUUGCCCAACAGGAGGACCUCGGGGCCAGAGGAGAGCAUCUUAGACCUGCGGUGCGGGCGGAGGGGGACGGACAGAGACGACGGGGUCCAGGAGGCCCUGGGCAGUGAUGCCAGCGACUUCAGCGAUGCGUCCGUAGAGGAGGGCAGCAGCCCCAUGGCCAAGGGCCCCACACUGCAGCUGUGAGCACCUCCCGACCGCAGCGAGCACAGGGAAGCCCGCGCGUGCGUGUGUGUGUGUGUGUGUGUGUGCGCGCGCACGCGCGCACGUGUGCGUGUGUCCCCACAUGUCACAUGCUUGUGAUGAAAGGGGGGAGCCCUGGAGGCCCCUGUACAACCUGUAUAUUUGUACACUAACGCGAAAGGAUGUUUUUAUUUAACAGAUGUGUCCUGGUAAAUAUGAUUUUUGUAGGCUUUUUGUAAAUUAUUUAAAGUGCUGUAAAAAAUAUUUUUGGCAAAUACCGAUGUUCGGUUUUGUAGGGCGUCCCUUGCGGCAGUUUUCCGUGGUCUCCACGCAAGUCUUAGAUCAGCAAAUGCUUGGUUCCGACCGUCCCUGCACUUGGGGUUGAUCACUGGUGGCCGUGGCCAGUUGUGGCCGCAGUUCGAGCCUGCGGAAGGCUGCGGCGGGCACCCUGCCUGAGACUGACCAGAGUGCCCCAGCGGUCUUGGUUGGGACGCUCCUGGACAGUGCUUCUGACGUAAAAGAGCCCCCAGCGCCCGGGAAACCCGAGGGUGCCUUCGAUCGGAAAAAGCGUUUCAAAGCACAGAGGCCGGAGGGCAAACCGGCCGUCCCGGUUGCACGUAAAAAUCCCCCAUGAGAUCUCGGGGCCGGUCACCAGUUCACACCUGACGUCUGUGUUGUUCAGUGUCCAGUCCUGUUCGGUUACGACAGGAUUCUACCAGCUCAAUAAACCUCUUUUUAUAUGGGAGCUGCCGUCCUUCGUUUUUAAUCACUGCUCUACAAGGUCCCCAGCAGGCCUUGUGUCUUCAAUGUCCUUGUCCUGAUCUGUGCAAACGAAGAGGCAGUGGCUGCUUCACGGGUUCUGGCGCCCGGUGUCCUGAGGACUGAGGACAGAGCCCAGCAUCCUCCGGGAACUGGGCUCGUUGGGGGUGCGCUCCACCCACAGGCAGGCGUGCCUGUCCCGUCCCUGUGCUCUCGGUGUGUUUGAGCAAUGGUGCCAAGCACCACAGGGAGGAGCCAGGCGUCCUGCGUCUUCUGCUCUGAGGCUGCCGCGUGGGGCUGAGCCCUGACACUUACAUGCAGUCGUCCCGCAAACUUCGAUCGCCCCCGGCUGUGCAGCUCAUCAGUUCAGCUGCAGUGGACCUGGAGCAAGGUUUAAUGUGCCACUGAAGUUGUUUGUUAUUCUAAUGUGCAAGCAAAUUUUCUACUUGUUGUGCCGCCCAAACGGAGCCGUGUGCUGGCACCCACAGGCAGUGUCUGCUGGGUCAGAGGCUGUGACGAGCAGGCCCUGUGGACUCCGUGACCGUCUGGUGCCUAUACGGUGUGCAUUUGAUAUUUCCGUUGUCUAAUAUUCAUUCACUUAAGUGCUUCCCAGAAAAACAAUUCAUUAAUCCAUGCUUUAAAUUUUAUUUAAUUUAGAAGGAGUGCUUUUAACACUUGAAAACAAAAAUCAACUUGUUUUGUAUAUAAGAACAUUUUUUUUAAAUGCUAAUAAAUCAAGC